GAAAUACGUUGGCAGUUGCAUGGUGCACAAAAUGUCCAUGGGCCCCACAUGGUAACGAUCUCAACCGUCGACCCACCCCGAUUCAAUUCAAUCCAAUCCAAUCCAUGACAACACAUACCUCACCAUCAUCACACGCAAAACCUCCGAUCAAAUCUCCAGAUCCUCAUUUUCCUGUAAUAAUUCAUCAUCAUCAUCACCAAUGUCUAAGCAAACCUACACUGUAUGCUUCUGUUUCAGACGACGCUUCCGCGUUCCGGCCGCUCAACCGCCUGCCGGAAUCAAAUCUAUCUUCGAUAAGUACGCCGUUAACGAUCAUAUGUCCGCUGAUCGCCUCCAGCGCUUUCUCGUUGAGGUUCAGAAAGAAGAGAAAGCUACGGUUGAAGGAGCUGAAGCGAUUAUUAUGAAUAAUUCCUCUCUUAUGUUCCAUCGCAAGGGUUUCAAUGUUGAUGCGUUUUUUAGAUAUCUUCUCGCCUCUUCUGUUCCUGUUUUGUCUCCUCAUUCGAUUCACCAAGAUAUGACUGCUCCGUUGUCUCAUUAUUUUAUAUUCACCGGUCACAACUCAUAUCUAACCGGGAAUCAACUUAGUAGCGACUGUAGUGAUGUUCCCAUCAUUCAAGCACUGGAAAAAGGCGUAAGAGUCAUCGAGUUAGACAUAUGGCCCAAUUCAACAAAUGACGACGUGCUUGUCCUUCAUGGAAUGACAUUAACCUCACCUGUUGAACUAUCCAAGUGUUUUAUGUCCAUCAAAACUCACGCUUUCGUUGCAUCUGAUUACCCUGUCGUGAUUACGUUAGAAGACCACCUUACCACCGAACUUCAAGCUAAAGUGGCAGAGAUGGUCCAUCAAAUAUUUGGAGACAAGCUGUUUACUCCUGACAAAGAGUGUUUAGAGGAAUUUCCGUCACCUGAAUCUCUUAAAAAACGGUUCAUCAUAUCUACUAAACCACCGAAAGAAUACCUUAAAGCGGAGAAAACUAAGGACAAGGGAAAUGAAUCACACGAGAAGGAUUCAUCCACAGAAGCUUGGGGCGGUGAAAUUCCAAACGCUUUUGAUGAUAAGGAUGAUUCGGAUGACACUGAUUCAGAUGAUGAUGACAAUGACGAUCUACACAGUGGUGACGUGGCACCUGAAUACAGGAGUUUGAUUGCCAUCCAUGCUGGAAAGGGAAAGGGUGGUUUGGAUGAUUGGUUGAAAGUGGACGCUGAUAAAGUACGACGUCUUAGCUUAAGUGAACACGAGCUUGAGAAGGCAGCAAAAACUCAUGGCCCACAGAUUGUAAGAUUUACUCAGAGAAAUAUCUUGAGGGUGUAUCCUAAAGGAAUACGGUUUGACUCGUCUAAUUACAACCCGUUAGUCGGGUGGAUGCAUGGAGCUCAGAUGGUGGCAUUCAAUAUGCAGGGGUAUGGAAGAUCACUGUGGUUGAUGCAAGGAAUGUUCAGGGGAAAUGGGGGCUGUGGAUAUGUUAAAAAACCUGAUUUUUUGUUGACCGGAGGUCAUGAGGUCUUUGACCCCUUAGUCAAACUGCCGGUCAAAAUGAAAUUGAAGAUAACUAUUUUUAUGGGUGAAGGAUGGUAUUAUGAUUUCAAACACACACAUUUUGAUGCAUACUCUCCACCAGAUUUCUAUGUGAGGAUUGGAAUAGGUGGUGUACCUGAUGAUACAAUAAUGAAGAAAUCAAAAACAGUGGAGGACAGUUGGAGUCCAGCUUGGGACGAAGAAUUCGAGUUCGAGUUAACGGUUCCGGAACUGGCUCUGCUUCGAAUAGAAGUUCAUGAAAAUGAUAUAUCAGAAAAGGAUGAUUUUGGAGGCCAAACAUGCUUACCAGUAAGAGAGAUUAAUAAAGGCAUACGGCCUGUUCCAUUGUACAGUCAAGAGGGUGAUAAAUACCCAUCUGUAAAGCUGCUUAUGUUGUUUGAUACUGUUUAAGGUGGUUGUUAUACACUUUACAUGUUGAUGCAGCAUUUUCCCGUUUUCGUCCUUUCAA